CAUCGCCUUGUUAGUGUCGUUGCGUCAGGAUGAAGUUAGCUAGCUAAGCGAUUUGUGAGAGGGACCUUGUCAUGACGGGACGAACUCUCUGACCCCGGAGAAGCUUACAUUUAAAAGCUAGGCUGUGACCUUAGGUAGCAGGAAGGCACCCUGAGACCAUGUUGGCACGGCUGUUUAGGCUCCAUGGCCUGCUGGUGGCCUCCCACCCAUGGGAGGUAAUAGUGGGCACCCUCGCUCUCACCGUCUGCCUGGUGUCUAUGAACAACCUGGCAACCAGCAACCAGAUGUGCACCUGGAACGAGUGCCCCAAAGUCGAGGAGAAAAUCCACAGCAGUGACGUAAUCAUCCUAACAAUCACACGCUGCAUGGCCAUCGUUUAUAUCUAUUUCCAGUUCAAGAAUCUGCGACAACUGGGGUCCAAAUAUAUACUGGGUAUUGCAGGGUUGUUCACAGUGUUUUCCAGCUUUGUCUUCAGUACAGUGGUCAUCCACUUCUUUGGGAAAGAGCUAACAGGUCUAAAUGAAGCCCUGCCGUUCUUCCUCCUGCUCAUUGACCUGUCUAAAGCCUGUGCAUUGGCCAAAUUUGCACUCAGCUCAAACUCUCAGGAGGAGGUGAGGGAGAACAUCUCCCAGGGCAUGGCCAUCCUGGGUCCCACCUUUACUCUGGAUGCUCUGGUGGAGUGUCUGGUCAUUGGGAUUGGCACAAUGUCAGGUGUGCCUCAGUUAGAGAUCAUGUGUUGUUUUGGCUGUAUGUCUGUCCUCGCCAAUUACUUUGUCUUCAUGACCUUCUUCCCUGCAUGUGUGUCCCUGGUCCUGGAGCUUUCCAGGGAAAGUCGUGAGGGCCGCCCGAUCUGGCAGCUGAGCCACUUUGCCCGUGUGCUGGCUGAAGAAGAGGACAACAAGCCCAACCCUGUGACCCAGAGGGUUAAAAUCAUCAUGUCUCUGGGCCUGGCCUUGGUUCAUGCUCACACUCGACUAGCAGCUGAGCAUCCAGGUCAUAACCGCUCGGCGGAGGGGCCCAUAGCGAAGAGACUGGACUCUGGUGGCACCGUGUGGCCUCUGAAGCUCACCAGUAUGGACCUGGAGCAGGUGAUAACUCUCGGUCUCGCCCUGCUGCUCGCUGUGAAGUACGUCUUCUUUGAGCAAACAGAAGCCGAGUCCUCCCUGUCUCUCAUGAGUCCCAUUAUCAGCUCUCCCACGACCCAGAAGCCGAGGUUGGCAGGAGACUGCUGCAGGAGAGACUUCCCAGCCCUGAAACCCCACACAGCCAUGAACGUUACCUUAGCAACUAGCCGUGCUUCACCAGUUGUCUCAGACUCUCAACUUUCCCCUGAGGCUGACUCGGCGUUCAGAGAGAAGGAAGCAACACAGCCUCCAGCAGCCCCGGUGGAGAACGGCUCCUGUGUUCCACACUUUGGGGACUCUUUUGCUCCAACGCCUCAUGUUCCUCAAAGUAACUCAGAGGUGCGGUCGCUGGAAGAAUGCAUGGCCAUCCUCUCAGAUCCUCAGAGGGGCGCCCGUUGUCUGAGCAAUGAAGAGGUGAUGAACCUGGUGACCUCACGUAACAUCCUGAACUAUAAACUGGAAUCUGUCCUGGAGAGUCCGGAGAGGGGCGUGGCCAUCAGGAGGGAAAUGCUGUCACCCAAACUGCCUGUUGUCUCCGCUUUGGCGUCUCUGCCUUAUAAGGACUACGACUACACUAAGGUGAUGGGCACUUGCUGUGAGAAUGUCAUCGGCUACAUGCCGGUGCCAGUAGGAGUGGCUGGUCCUCUCCUGUUGGAUGAGAAGCAGUUUUACAUUCCCUUAGCGACCACAGAGGGCUGCCUGGUAGCCAGCACUAACAGAGGAUGCAGGGCGCUUUCUCUGAGCGGGGGUUGCCGAAGCAGGAUCCUCGCUGACAGCAUGACCAGGGGUCCUGUGGUGAGGCUGCCCUCAGCGUGUCGGGCGGCAGAGGUCAAAGUCUGGCUGGAGACCUCGGACGGAUUCAGCAUCAUCAAAGAGGCCUUCGACAUCACCAGCAGGUUUGCUCGUCUGGAGAAGCUGCUGGUGGGCUUAGCCGGGAGGAACUUGUACAUUCGCUUCCAGUCUCAGACAGGAGACGCCAUGGGCAUGAACAUGCUCUCCAAGGGGACUGAGCAGGCGCUGCAGAGACUCAAGCAGCAGCAUCCAGACGUGGAGGUGCUGUCGGUCAGUGGCAACUAUUGCACUGAUAAGAAGUCCGCUGCCAUUAACUGGAUCGUGGGCCGGGGGAAGUCUGCUGUGUGUGAGGCCACCAUCCCUGCCAAGGUGGUCAGAGAGGUGCUGAAGAGCAGCACGACUUCUCUGGUGGAGCUCAAUGUCAACAAGAACUUGGUGGGCUCGGCCAUGGCCGGCAGUAUCGGGGGCUUUAAUGCUCAUGCUGCCAACAUUGUAGCAGCCAUCUACAUCGCCUGUGGACAGGACCCGGCUCAGACCGUGGGGAGCUCCAACUGUAUCACUCAGAUGGAGGCUGCUGGUCCAGACGGGGAGGACCUGUACAUCAGCUGCACCAUGCCCUCCAUAGAGCUGGGCACUGUGGGAGGAGGCACCAACCUGCCGCCACAGCAGGCCUGUCUGCAGAUGCUCGGUGUCCAGGGCACCAGCUCCAGCCAGCCAGGAGAGAACGCCCGGCAGCUGGCCCGUGUGGUUUGUGCCACCGUGCUGGCAGGUGAGCUCUCCCUGAUGGCCGCCCUCGCUGCUGGACAUCUCGUCAAAAGCCACAUGACCCACAACAGGUCAGAUAUUUCACUCGCGUCGAUGUCUGCCAGAUGUGAAAUAAACCCGUCAGAAAAACCUUCGUCAAAGUCGGAGACAGCUGCGUGACAGAAGAUGACAACAGCCCGUCUUCAGAGUCGGCCAGACGUGAACAAACAAAGCAAACUUGACGGUGAGAACUGAGAGGACUGAAUCGUCUCCUAAUGACGUGUUUCUGAAGGGAGUGCUGUGGGACAUCCAGACGUGGAGGACUAAUAAUCUGAUAUUCAGACCACAGUGUGUGUGUGUGUGUGUGUGUGUGUGUGUGUGUGUGUGUGUGUGUGGCCCCACUGACUGCAGACUCUUCAGGUUGACAUGUGAUGUUGAGGUUCCUUAUCUGUGCCAUUUGUCUGCAGCUGAUCGUUGCAGUCGUGUUUGUGUUGUCGGCACUGAUCUUACAGACAGCUGUGAAUUAUUGAUGGGGUUUGGAUUGGUUAAAUCCUCUGUGCUGCAAGUCUCGAUCGAGUAUCCUGUGCCUCUUUUAAGAGUCGUAUGGCCAAAAGCGAAUCGCUUCUCCUAACACACAGUGGAAAGACAAAACUUCCAGAUUAACUCUUGUCACCUUUCCUCAUCUGUAACACAUGAAGAUCUUCAGACUGCUGCAACAUGAUUUGUCUGAGAUCUCUGCUGUUGCCAAAAGCUCGCUGGAGACUUGCUCGGUGAGGUUUGUUCGAGUUUAAAAUGCCAACGUUCUGCCUGAAUGUAUGUCGUACUAAAUCAGUGUUGCAGGAUAUCAGUUGCACACCCCUUCCUGAGUUAAAGCCUCACUCCAGUGUGUUUUGGCGCAGUCGUUCUUGAUCAUGUUGCUGAGCCACACUGUUCGACUUAUUAAAUAUAAUUUAGUUCUCAACGUUUAAAAAAGAAGGUUGUUUCUAAAACGAGAAGACGGCGUAUGACUGUAGUCAAAGCUGCAAGAUAUACGUCAUCUUUGAAGCUUGUGCUGGUGCACUCUGAUGCCUCUUUGCGUCCAGUGCCAUCUGUUACCCAGGAGUACAUUUUCUUGGUACUUUACUGUAAUAAAAAAACGUAGUUUUAAAUAAGCUGCAGUUAACAUGCGUUUUUGCUCCUCUGCACUUUUCUGAUCCGACACAGAGCGUCUCUGUCCGUCUGCGUGCUCUCUGUUAAGACAUAAGUGACAAAUAUGUGAAAGUACCGUAUGUAAUUUAAAAUCAUGAUCACGAACGACAGUGAUAUGAGGCUGUUUCUACAUUAGAAAAGAAAAUAGACCCGAUAAAGCGAUAAUUCCGGUUUGCUCGGCAGCUGACGGAGCUCUAUAGCCGGCUUUCCAGCAUUUUCCCCUUUACAGUGCUUCCACUUCCUGUCUGAACCCCGCGGCUCAGCAGAGCUCCAUUGUCUCCAACGCAAAGCUGGAAAACCCUUGCGGCCUUCAAGGUGCUUUGCAGUUCUUCCAUCUCCUGGCGUUCUCACCUAGGAGCGCUUUUAGGUACCUAAAUUUGGCGCUGAUUGACUUAACAUGAAUCUGUAACUGGCAGUACCUACGAUGGUGUCAUUAAAAGUACCCGACCCUAAUCAGAGCACUGUUUGUGUAAUAAACGUUCACAUUUGAAGACGACAGUAGCUGUCUAACGGGACGUACACCUGCGGCGUCUUUAACCGCCUGGAAAACGCGAGGUCGUUACUUCUGUGUCUUUUCCUGGCCAGCUUUCAAGAGCAACCUUAACAAGCACUGUAUCAUAGCCUGUUUACAUGAAAUCCUGUCGGUUGUGAUUGGUUGCUCCUUGUCACAUGACGUGAUGUGCGCUGCUGCAUUACCUCGGGGUGCAGCGAUCGUACUCUGCAAAAUAGGCGCUCCGGCGUUUGAGCGUGCGUCCUCAUUGAAAACAACGAAUUUGAGCAUGCAAAAAAGGCGGCAUGUGUACGGCCAUAAUGUUAAACUUUGCCAAUUUCCAAACAGUUUCAACAUGGUGGUGUGUGCAGAUGAAGUGUUUGGCGUCCCCCCGAUCUGCGAGUGCCUGUAGCUCCCCGUUCAUUUGCCGGUGGAGGUCCCAGCAGACUUUUGCCGGUGGAUGUGCGGCAGCCUCUAGGUGCUGUCUGCAGGCUUUUAUUUCAUAACUCAUGUUGGAAAGAUUGCAGUCGCUCGUCCUGCUAAUAUCUGUGCUAUGGCUUUGAAAGCUACUUAAACAGUAAUCCGGCUGCCUCUGUAAUGGAUUACUUCCCGCUACUAACCACACCCCCGUUCUCUGUGUGAUCACUGAACAACAGGAAGUAUCAGAGUGUGGAGUGGGGCUUUCAGGAGCUACUGUAUACUGUGUAUACUGUAGGAUCACUGUGGCUGCUGGUUCCAGGAAGGAAAGAAAAGCACCUGCCGACAGAUGUUUGUGUCACAAAGUGACCUGAUUGGAUGAACUGUUACAGGCGGGUUGUUGUUCUGUGUGAAGGCGAAUAGAAGAACAGGACUCAGAACUCAAAGCCAUAUUAACUCAUUUAAUAAACGUUAAUGGUACACCGUUGUCUAUGUGGAAUGACUGGAGGCGUCACUGACAUCACAUACUGCAGGUUCUUAUUGUCCUUUUGAGAAAGCACUGACGCACAGUCGUGGCCUUACGCACAGCAUGUUCUAGAUAGAAUAUUUAAUUGUAAAGGGACAGUUCACCCCAAAAUCAAAAACUUAUCUCUUAAAGGGCCAGUGUGUAAAAUGGGUUGAAAACAGUGACAUCAGAGGUCAAAUUCUAGAGUGCAGGGCUCACUCGCUCACCCCUCCCGUCGGGUAAAUGACGGUGGCCUCGUAGGGACAAAAAGCCUUGCACAUGAGUUUUUCAGGAGUAGGUCUAUCUAGCGACGAGGUGAAUGUUUAUUUAGAAAUCUAAACCAUGUUACGAUAUUGUAAUGAAUCCCUCACGAGCAGGAGACCAGAGGAGCGUUCGGGAAAAAGGCCAGUUUAUUUGAGCACUCCAGAAACUCCGGUAACACUCCAGGGGGUAAAAGACUCCGUCCCAAACUCUGACUCCUCUAGCAUAACACACACACACUUCAUACACACAUAGUCGUUUACCAUACCGAGUGGGGACCCCCUCCCCUCUCUGCUCCGUGUACCUCCAGCCCGCACACUGACUGACAGCGUAGCCUGUAAACAGAGCUCAGCUGUUUAUUUAGCCUAGCGAUAUCUCCGGACUAUAGUAGCUGCAAUGGACGACUUUGAACGCGACUUUGAAGAGUUUCUUGUAGCGGACACAGACCCAGAGCCAUACCUGUUUGAGCCGGAGCAUACAGAUGAGGAACUCCAUGUGUUUGAUGCUGAGCGGGCGAGAAGAGAGGCUGAAUGCACAGAAUGGGAUUCGGUGCUACUGCUACCAUCGCUGGGGAGAUAUAUCACCAGCAGGAAAAGCGCCGCAGAGAGUGCAUCACAAGGAGUGAAGUUGCGUCUUCUUUUCCUCGCAGAUGACGGUUCGGGUUCAUUCUCUCAUGUUGCGUGGAAAGUGUGGUCCAUUCACAAACUUUAUAACUAAAAAAAACUUUUUACGACUCUCUAUCGACGAACUACUAACACUCUCUGCUGUUUCCUCCUCCUUCUUCCUUCCUUCCGCUGUCUUCGUUGGUUCAGUUAUACACGCGAAACGUGUUCUCUGGCUGGCUGGAUUGUCCGCUCGGUCUGCCUUACAUACAUGGUGGCGCAAGAUGGCGACCUCUCUAAAGCGAGGCCCUUGCUAUAUUAAUAUAUAUAAAAGCAUAAUUAUAAGGCUACGAAAACCAAACGAAUUUUAUUUUAUAGCAAUUAUACACUUGUAUAAACAUAUUAAUGGGUAGAAGAUUCAGAUUCAGAUUCAGAUUGACAAUAAACCAUGCCAAAUAUUACACACUGGCCCUUUAACUGUAGGGCUGUCCAGGUUUGAUUUUGGGGUGAACUGUCCCUUUGAGCUAUUCAUUUGAAAAGACUGUACUAUGUUUAAUUUAAAU